CAACAUCCUAUCUAAAAGGGAUCAGCUGUCCCAUUUCCCCAAUUACAGCUCCUUCCCUCCAUUCCUCCUCCUCUCCUCUCCUCGAUUCCUCCACCUUCUUCCGGGGUAGGAGAGGAGGAGUAGGAAAGGAGGAGUAGGAGAGGAGGAGUAGCAAAAGUUUCUGGACGCAGCCAGUGUCUUCCUAAAUAGCGCAACACUAAUGAGGGAGUAGGGAGCCAUUUUGGUCACAGACAGCCCACCGUUAUUCCCAGAUAUUCCUGGUUUGUGGUCAGUGAAAUGGCCCCACCCAUUGCUCUGAAUAGGCCACGCCCAUUUACAACCAGGUGAAGCUGAUCAGGGCUUGGCUAGGCAUUGAUUAGCCGGAGCAGGUGAGUUAGAUCUGGAAGUAGAAGCAGAAGGUGAAGCAGAAGCAAGAGACUGGAAGGUUGAGCUCCAGGAGAAAGUUGAGCCCAGGCCUGAACUGGUUUAGGAUUGGUGUUAGUGUGAAGAAAAACACUAGUAAAAUCAUACAUGUGGCCCUGUAUCAUCUACUGGAGGCUCAAGUGUAAAGACUUCCCUCCACAGUAGCAUUAGAUAGUUGGAGUGACCGUGUUCCCUUCUCGAUUUAUCUCUGCCUGACCAGCGUUUAUUAGAUAAACACGCUUUAAUCUUUGGUCACGACCUUCAUUAAUGCGCACAAUGAGUGUAAUAAAAGUAUAGGAAUGAUGGCAUUUGCUCACAGGCAGGCCAACGCAGGCGAUUUAGUUUUUGUUUCUGAAAAUGUUCCCUUCUGCUGCACUCUUGGCUGAUAUAGCGUGCCCCCUUUUCUCUGGGGGGUGCUGUGAACGACCCUACUGUUUGUACAAGCACACCAAAGAGGACUCUUCAGGCCUGGCUGAAGCUGCUACAGGUCAUGGAGCUCUUCACAACCAAGAGGAGAGCAACACUUGUCUUCUGGAGUUGGAAAAGAUCAACAAACAGAUUGAAGCAGUCAGAAAUGAAGUGGAGAAAGAACAAAAGAGACUUUUCCGCUACCAGUCAGAGCAAACUGAGAUCACUCGUGCUUCUGCAGACACUGCAGAGCAGUAUGUAAAAUCCAAACCCACUGUUUCCAAAGACCUGAAUGGAAACCGGGUUAAGAGUAAAAAGACUGCUGCCGCUCCUCAUUCUCACCCCUCUGCUCAGAAAUAUGUGGUUGAUCGCAGCAGACCCAAAACCGAUUUGGAAUAUGACCCUUGUUCCAAUUUCUCCUCUGAUCUGAGAUCUAGCAGCUCAAAAGAUAAAAACAAAUCAAACAGUAAAAUGGAAGUGGAGAUUCAUCAAAGGGCUAAAGGAAAGGGAAAGAAUGUGGUUGCGGAUCCAGAUCCGGUCCAUCUGCCGUCUUGUAGUUUGAAGGAUUCUGAUGAUGAAGGAACACUUAUCAUUGAUGUUCCACCUCAAGAAAAUAAUAGAAAGAACAGCAGACCUCAGAAAUGGAGCAUGGUUACCAGUGAAGGUGGUACAUCCAUGGAAAAAGAACUGGGAAGUAGAAGGCUUUCAAGGAAAUGCAGUGACAUCAAAAAGAUCACAGAAGAGCCUUCAGAAACUGAGUGCCUUGAAGUGGCAUCUCUGGACAAAGAUGGAAUGAAGUUGAGGUCUACAAAGGAAAACACAUCUAGGACAGUGUUGUAUUCACCUGAGAGAAAUCUCGUCAUUGAUAUUCCACACCAACUAACCAAUGACUGCAAUAAACCAGUAAAGCCAAAGUUAUCCAGGCUGCAAAGGGAAGAGGUUUCUUCUGGAGGAAUACCACAUCUUGAAAUUGGACCCUCUGAAGAUAAGAAGAAACCUUUAAAUCAAUGCAAAUCAAUGGUUCAGGAAGCUUCUGGUACCCCUUCAACCAAAAGACUGGUUGGGAAAGGUUUGGAAAAUGACCAAAAGAGCUUCAAUCAAAGCUCAACAAACGCCAAGAAUGGCAAAACCAAAGAGGAGAACUCAAAGCAAGCAAUUUCUCCAAUGGUUGAGAAGAAAAAUGCAGGGCAUUCCUCAAAAGCAAAUAUUCUAGAGCAUCUUCCUGCCAACAGUUUGCCUCCUGGUGGCCAUGAAGAAAAAGCUCAAACCAUUGAAAAUGGCAAUGCCCUAGAUAACAUUUCUCUAUGCCUGGACCACCUGAGAAGCGAAAGUGAGAACAUCACUUGCUUUCCAAUGGUUGAGGACUUCAUUCUUGACAACAUCCCUUCCACAGCCAAUUCCUCUAAGGUGGGUGUAGAUCCAUUUUCCCAACCUACCAAACAUGGAGUCCAAGGUCUGAACGUUGGGCAAACUGAACUUGAGGUAAAACAGAACUGUCUCUCAGGUUCUGUUCAAAAAGCAGACCCCUUGCCCCUCAAGUACCAUCAAGUACAGCAGGUCUCUCAGGAGAUGGUAUUUCAGGACUACUUCCCUUCCACAACACCUUUCCCAUCCAUGAUUAAAGAACCAGUGGCUGGUCAGAAGUCUCUGACCCCUGUGGAAGCGUGUUGGCUACCUCCACAAAAAGUUCUCCCACAACCUGUUGUUCAGAACAUGCCUGUAUAUAUUUCUGGACCUGACCCUGCAUGUGCUCCAUCAACACAAUCAGUGAAGUUGCAUAACCCAGCAGCUGCAUCGUCAGUAAAUUUAGCUUCCAUUCCAAUUCAGAAGAAACCACCUUCGACUGUUACCUCCGGCAUCACCGCUGGAAUCACCUGUGGUACAGGUGGUCCUGCACAGACCUCUUCACCUGCUUUAAUGGCUGCAGCAAAUCAAGUCAUAGAAAUUGGGUCUAGUUCCUCAGAGGAGCUCAAUUACUCAGACCUAGACCUUUCAGACACUGAUCCGAUGGAAGAGUGCUACAGGAUCUUUAUGGAAGCUAAUGGUGCUGAAAAUCCCACUGCGCAAGAUGGUGUGCCAGAGGAGGUUCCAAAGAUGGCCGAGACCGAGGCAUCGGCCAAUCCACCACCUGUUCAGAAGAAAAGAGUCGCCCAUGUAGCGAAGUUUGAGCAGGUCAGUAAGAGCAAAGCGCAGGUUAUCGUGCCUCUUCGAGAUGGAGGCUCGCAGCUACCUGUUCCAACCCGGAGUCAGCAGUGCCAGAAGAGAGCAGCAGCGCUCACAGCAGCAGUGAAAGGAUGCCAGCAAGUUAUUGCAGCCAGUGUGCCCAGGAAAGUCUUUGCACCUACUAUUAUCCAGCCCAGUCCUGUACAAAGCGCCUAUGUGAACAUCCUCCCGGUUGGCACAACCCUACGGCUGGGCUCAAACCUUCACCUGAUCGUCCCUGACGGGAACUGUGCUUUACCGGUCACGCUAAUUCCUGCUACUCUGCCUGUAACACGUCCUCUUCAUCAACCUGCUCAGAAUCUUCAGCCGGCACAACCUGCCAACUACACACCUGCUAAGUCAAUUCCUACCAAGCGCAAAGCGAAAGUACGGGAUGUUGGAGUGAAGGUUCCACAUGAUGUGCGGCAGCGCUACGUCAACCUGUUUGUGGAGGAGUUCCUGAAAACAUCAGCCACUGUGCAGGAUGCCUUCGAGAAGGCUCUGGCAGAAGAGAAGACAGUGUUUGACCGCAGCAUCAAUAAAUUAAAGUAUCUAAGCGUAGCAGUCAAUGCGCUCAAGAGGCUUAAAAAUCAGAACGCGGCCCCUGCCAAAUUUUCCAGUGAGCGGGAUGCGCAGGCAUGCAGAGGAAAUGUGCCACUCAAUACUCAAGCACUCCUGGGAAACGGUGACCUUGCACUGUAUGAUCAGCUGAAGGAGCACAUUCUGACUGAGGCCAUGCUGAGGGAGAACAACUACCCUCGCAGACACCCGGACAAAGCUGGUGCUGCUGUUCAGUAUGGAGGAGAGGCAAAGAAGGGAGCUGGAGAUGGUUCCAGAAGGAUCUGCUGCCGCUGUGGAACUUCUUUCUCGGUUAGCCAGACUGGAAAACACACUCGUAAAGAGGAGUGUAAUUACCAUUACGGGAAGGUCAUAGAAAACCGAGUACCAGGUGGAGUAGAGACGCGUUACAGCUGCUGUGAGAACGCUGUGGGGGCGCCUGGAUGUCAAGUGUUUAAGCUCCAUGUUCACGAUGCUGUAAGUCUCCAGAGCUUUGUGAGCAGCCUCCCGCAGACCUGUACUGAAUGCCCAGGGAUUUACUCUAUCGAUACUGUGAUGUGCUACACCACCCAGGGCCUGGAGCUGGUGAGAGUCACCGUGGUCAACAGCAGUCUACAGGUCAUCUACGACACAUUUGUUCAGCCCAACAAUGAGGUCAUUGACUACAACACCAGGUUCUCCGGGGUCAGCGAGGAUGAUGUGAAGGGCAGCAGCUCAUCUUUACGAGACGUUCAGGCUGUGCUUUUGAGCUUCAUCAGCGCCGACACCAUCCUUGUUGGGCAUGGUUUGGAAAAUGACCUCUGUGCUCUGAAACUUCUUCACAGCACAGUAGUUGACACAUCCGUGGUGUUUCCCCACCGGCUGGGACCGCCGCACAAGAGAGAGCUCCACAGCCUGACUGCAGAGUACCUUAGGAGGAUAAUCCAGGAGAGCGCGGAGGGCCAUGACUCCAGCGAAGACGCUGUUGCCUGUAUGGAGCUGAUGCUGUGGAAGGUGAAGGAGGAUGCUAAGGGGAAGAGGUGGUGACCUCAAUAAAGUCCAGUGUUGCUUCCCUGUGCUGAUUAUAUAAUACAUUUAUUGAAAUGUAUAUCAAAGAAUAUCACCUAUUUACUCACUGUUUUGAAAUGGUUGGCAAUGUGAGCAUGCAAAUAAUGUAAUGUCUGUUUAUUUAUAUCUCCUUUUGUCCCUCUCUUCACUUCUUUUCUUGAUUUCUUUUAGAAUCUGUAAUGGUUUUGUGAUUUUCUUUGAGUGUUGAUUAUGAAAUAAACUUAUUUUGGGAGUGGGGCACAAAUGCACUUAGAGCUAAAGCACACUUAUAAACUAAAAUCUGAGGGAAAUGGAACAGAAAGUAAAAGCACUGCAGUGA